AUGUUCCAGAAAAUCAGAACUAUUGAACUCGAUGGGAAGACGGUGAAGCUCCAGAUUUGGGACACAGCAGGUCAAGAACGUUUCCGAACCAUCACAUCGUCUUAUUACCGUGGCGCCCAUGGCAUCUGUGUUGUUUACGACGUGACCGACAUGGACUCCUUCAACAACGUGAAGCAGUGGCUUCAGGAAAUCGAUCGCUACGCAACAGAAGGGGUCAACAAGCUGCUUGUGGGUAACAAGAGCGAUAUGGAAGACAAGAAAGUCGUGGAGUAUACCGUAGCCAAGGAAUUUGCCGAUAGUCUUGGAAUUCCUUUCCUUGAAACCUCAGCCAAGAAUGCUUCCAAUGUUGAGCAGGCUUUCUUGACCAUGGCUCGGCAGAUCAAGGAGCGUAUGGGAACUGCCACUGUUAACAACAAGCCGACUGUGCAGGUCGGUCAGGGUCAGGGUGUUCAAUCUGGAUCCGCAGGCGGUUGCUGCUAA